AAGUGAAAGACUUGUAUGAAAAAAAAAACCUUUAAGUCGUUGAGGAAAGAAAUGGAAGAGAUAUCAGAAGAUGGAAAGUCCUGCAUGCUCAUGGAUCAGUAGGAUUAUUGUAGUAAAAAUGGACAUCAUGCAAAAAUCAAUCUGCAAAUUCAAUGCAAUCCCCAUCAAAAUUCCAACAUAAUCCUUCACAGAUCUUGAUAGCCCAAUUUUAAUUUUCUAUGGAAAAACAACAACAAAAGCAGGAUACCUAAAGAAAUCCUGAAAAAUCAAAGAGCUGCUAGAGCUCUCACCAUUCUUGAUUUCAAGUUGUACUACAAAGCUAUAGUAAUAAAAACAGCAUGGCAUCAGCAUAAAAUAGAUAUGAUUAUCAAUGAAAUCAAAUUGAAGACCCUGACAUAAAUCUACACACCAACAGAUACAUAAUAUUUUAAUAAAGAUGCCAGAAAUACACACUGGAAACAAAAUGGAAUCUUUCAGCACAGAUACUAAGAUCAACACUUAAUAAAUGGGACCUCACAAACAUGAAAAGCUUCUGUAAGGAUUUCUGAUAUUUAUGGAUGUUCAGCCAAGCUAAAUCAUGAGCUCCAGGUUCACUGAGAUACCCUCUCCCAAACAAGGUGGAGAAGACACAGGCAAUCAACCUUUCAUAUCUAUAUCUAUAUUCAUGCAUAUAAAUUUGAUCUCUGCAAUGUGCAUACAUCCACAUGAAUAUAUGCACACACAUACAGAGGGAGAUGGCAAGAUGAAGACAAUCAAUUGUGCUAACUUUUCAAAGGUUUCAUUAAAUAAUAAAAUAUGCUUGGUAUAAUAUGUGGUAAUCUUCAAAAAUUAUAAAGUUAGUCAUUACAUAUCUCAUAAAUUUACCACAUAGACUCUCAAACUCUAUUAUUAUUAUUAUUAUUAUUAUUAUUAUUAUUAUUAUUGAAUAUUAAAGGUUUAUAACUUUUCUUUACAAACCAUCAGCUUCCUCAUGACUACAACCACACCACAAUGACUGGUGAUUUUAUUGCAGCUUUCUGGUAUACACAAAUGAUGGCUUCAUUGGUGCAAGACUUUUACAGACUUUUGAACAAAGUUAUAAAUAAAAAUCCUGUUUCACCUUGGUCAACUGAUCUCAGUGAGCUACUCUAGACCCACAGUGAUACUGUGCUGCAUUUCUAUAAGCAAUAUAUUUGCCAGAAAACUAGUUUGUAAGUGAACAGACACUGUAGAUUAUCUGUGUUUUCACUUCCUCCUGGGACUCAGGUAAAUGUGAUAUUGGAAGAGGGCUGUGAAUAUUUGCCAGCACACAUGAUGAUGACAUCAGUCUCCUUACCACGAUAAUUAUAUUAACUAAAGCUAGAAAGAGUCAAGUUUGCUUUGGAAACAAACCAUAAGCUUUUUCCUUCAAAAGAAGUAAGUUUCACCUUCAAGUUAUAAAAAAUUACUUGUAAAGUAAAACGUAUUAACACAUACUCAUUACAUUUAUUGGCUGAUUCCAAAUUAAUAAUAGUUAUGGAUCAAGGAAUAUAGAAUUUAAAUCAAGUGGCUGACAGAUACAGACAAUUUUGGAUCAUGGACUAUAGGACUAACAUCACAGAAUUUGUUCUCCUGGGAUUUUCUCAGACAAAAGAGAUAGAAGUUAUCUGCUUUGUAUUAUUUUUACUUUGUUACAUUGCAAUUUUACUUGGCAAUGUACUUAUUAUGAUUUCUGUCACAUGUAGUCAUCUAGUUAAUCAGCCUAUGUAUUUCUUUCUAAGUUACCUCUCACUUUCAGACCUGUGUUACACUUCCACUGUGACCCCCAAGCUGAUCAUAAACUUAGUAGCAACAAAAAAGUCAAUUUCCUACAAUGGUUGCAUGACACAGCUCUUCACCAUGCACUUCUUUGGAGGCAUUGAAGUCUUCAUCCUCACAGGAAUGGCCUAUGACCGAUAUGUGGCCAUCUGCAAGCCUCUACACUACACUAUCAUCAUGAGCAGACAGAAGUGUGAUGCCAUGAUUGCUGCUUCCUGUGCUGGGGGAUUUCUGCAUUCCUUUGGUCAAUUUCUCCUGGCAGUCUUCUUACCUUACUGUGGCCCCAAUGAAAUAGAUCACUACUUCUGUGAUGUAUACCCUCUGCUCAAAUUGGCCUGUACUGACACCAGAAAGAUUGGUUUCUUGGUUAUUGCAAACUCUGGUUUGAUGGGCUUAGUGACUUUUGUGGUCUUGUUGAUAUCAUAUGCUGUGAUCAUAUAUACUGUCAGGUCUUACUCUGCAGAGAAUCGUCGAAAAGCACUUUCCACUUGCAGUUCCCAUGUCACUGUGGUAGUCCUUUUCUUUGCUCCCCUACUGUUUAUUUACAUUCGGCCAGCAACUACAUUACCAGAAGACAAAGUAUUUGCUCUGUUUUAUACUAUCAUUGCCCCCAUGCUGAACCCCCUUAUUUACACUCUCAGAAACAAGGAGAUGAAGAAUGCCAUCAAGAGACUGUGUUACCGUAUCACAGGGAAUGAAGGAAACAAGUUGAAAGGCAUCACUGCUUUCCACCAUCACACAGUUUCUUGAAGGUGUUUCUAACUUAAUUCAUCAAAAGGCAAAUAACCUUUCAAAGUGUCUUGUACCUAGUGAUAUGUAUAGUGCUGUCUGUAAGCAAGUAUUUGCUGUUCUGGAUAUUAAACCAGGCAUCCUAAAUGUAGUCCUGGUACCCUGAUUUGCUGCUAUUGUUGAUCACAUUGCAUGUACUGCAAUGCUUGUUUAGUUCUACAACAAAUUAUUUUUGACCUGAGGUCAUCCUUAGCAAUGUUCUACUGAAGUGAACACAGAAAACAAAUAUAAUACAUUAUACAAUGUGACUCUAUACAUUAAACUAAAUGACAUCCAGCUUUCAACCUAUUAAAAAACUCUUAUCUGUACCCUCAUCAGAGAAUAUUCUAAAAGACCUACUUUAUUUCCCAAAUGUUUCAUAUUCUAUUUUAAUCUUUUUAAAAAUCAAGCAUUUUAUUAUUAUUAUUAUUAUUAUUAUUAUUAUUAUUAUUAUUAUUAUUAUUAUUUAAGCUUUUACCAUUUCUAAAGCCAAUAUAUUUUUUCCAAGCCCAAAAUUAUCUUUUUACAUAAUUCUCCCCAUCCUCUGGCUUUUACAGAAUUUCCACCAACCCCUCUUCUGCACUGUGUGGCAGAACCAUGUUCUACUUCUGUCAUUUAGAGAAGAACAUACCAUACAUACUCUUUGAGAUUUGACAUGCCCUGUGGUUCUGUAAUAAUCAUUUUCAUUAUAAAAGGGAAGAUUCUCUAAUAAGGAUUGAAAUAGUUUUAUUCCUUAUUUAAUACUGUAAAAAUCAAAGAAAAAUUUAGUGAUAAUUGAAUGUCACCCUUGAACAAACAAAAGAAUCAAAUAUACAUGCAAACCCAGGCCAAAAAAAUAUCUAAGAGGCUGAUGUAUACUUAAUUCUGAUUGGAGAGGAGAUCAAAGGCCUUAGGAAAACUGAAUUAAGAUGAAAUGGAUUGGAAAAUAGUUUAUUUUCAGUCCAAUUCAAGCACCAUAAAACAUUGUAGUGAAUAGAGCAAGGAUGUCUGAGAGCUGUCAGGAUGAUUGAGGCUAUAAAGGAGAAACAUGGCAAGCUCUGUGUAAACAGAAAAAUAUGUGAGAACUUAAAAUUUCACUUAAAGGAUGCCCACAAAUGAAAAUAAAAUGAAAGCACGAUCUCCUAAAAUA